AUGGCCUUCUCCUCCGCGCACAAUGGCUACAUCUACUCCCUCGAAGUCGUGCAACAACCACAACGUGCUCGCAUGUGCGGUUUCGGAGACAAAGACCGACGGCCGAUAACACCGCCUCCUUGUGUUCGACUGGUCAUCGUCGACGAGAAGACUGGACGGGAGGUGGACAUUGACAACUUUCCCUCCGACCCGUCAUUCUUCCUCCUCCAAUGCGACCUCUGGGCGGAGAACGCCGAUCGCGAAGCCAAUGUCGUCCGCGCGUCGAGCAACUCGCCAGCAGUGUCUAUCAGUUCUGCUACUACGACCUCAUACCCGCCUCCCGUGGAGAACGGACCGCGCCACAUGCACGAGCAGCCGCACAGUAUGUACAUCGACAGCAACGGCACGCCGGUCUACUCCACCAUGCCAGGUUAUCCCAUCCUGCACCGCACCGGAUCUGGUGGUGGUGCAUAUGCUCAACCAGGUUAUCCAGGAGCCUACUACCCGCAGAUGGGAGGUCCACCUGUGCAAUAUAUGCCUCCUCAAGCGGCUCAACCGGCCUCUGCCAUGUAUACCAGGAAUCUGAUUGGAAGCCUGACGGUCAAUGCUGCGAAGCUGAAUGACGAUAACAAGAAGCCGGGAUAUUGGUUUGUGUUGCAGGACUUGAGCGUGCGGACGGAAGGAUAUUUCCGCCUCCGCAUGGGAUUCGUCGACAUCUCCGCCCCACCCGCCCAACCGCCGCCCUCGACCACCAACGGCAGCGGCACCACCAACGGCGGCGUCAAUCGCGGCAAAGCCCGCACGCUCGCAUGGGUCUACAGCGCUCCGUUCCAAGUCUACUCGGCGAAAAAGUUUCCCGGUGUCAUAGAGAGUACGCCGCUGAGCAAAGCUUUCGCGCAACAGGGGAUCAAAAUCCCGAUUCGGAAGGAUAAUAAGGGGGAUGAGGAUGAGGGGUUGGGGGAGGAGUAG